AUGUCUGAAGAACUCGAAAUCAACGUAAAACAUAAACUUACGACAUGGGAAGCUUACAAUUAUAUCUUGCACGGACUCGUCAAGGAAGCUAUUGAAGUCUUCAAAUUGGAUUCUCGGGUAAAAUUGACGACAUUUCAGAUUUGGACUGCUUACCUCCGACGAAAUGAAGCCGCAUUUUUCAAUGAUGAAGAGAGGGUUUUGCCAAAAUUGCCUGCUUGCUUCCAAAAACACGAUUUUCAACUCUUGUCGAACAUGGUGCGGAAACGAAAAUAUUCUGAAAUUGAAGAAAAAGGUCCAGAAGCGACUCAAUUCACGAAAUUUGACCUUCAAAUCGCAAAAGUCGACCGAAAAAUGCUGAAACAACCGUCAGGCUUUGAGCAAUCUUUGGUCCUAAAACCCGUUCAUCGAAGUCACCUUGGACGCCGUUACGACAAACAAAGAUUGGGACGAAGUGUCAUGUAUCUCAUCCUCUUUUGUGCCAUAAAUUACCAUCAUCCCGAGGUACAAAUCUCGGAUUUGCUGCGAAUGAUUCACGAAGGACGGCUCUCGUACUUUGAAUGUCGUCAUUUUCUCCCGGCCGAAUUGAGUGAAGAAGAAAAAAUUUACAUCAACAAAAUGUACACAAAAUUUCCGGCUUACCUAACGCAUCGUCAAUUCAGCUUUUCGCUGCAAGAAUUCACGUUUUUCUGCAAUGUUGACUUGAAUCAUCCAAAUUUGUACGUUUUGUUCGAGCGAUAUGUCACGGAAAUGGCUUUGCCGGAGACUUUUUACAAAUUUGUCGAGCGAUUAUUCAGUUUGUGCCCCAUAGACUUCGAGUUUUCCGCAAAUCGAAGCAGCAAUAUUCCCUUUUAUGAGGGCCGGGCGAUGGCUUACAUCAUUUUCGCGCUGAAAUUAUUGUUCGGCGUCAACGGAUUAACGGAAAUGGAGAUGUCGAAAUCGACAAAACGCGUUAAUGACUUCAUGGAAGAGCAAAAAAUCAAUUCUAAAAAAUUAUUUGUGUGGUCCGAAUGGGUUGAGUACUUCACAGCGAGGAAAUUGCUGCUUAUGAAACAUUACGAACAAACUUUUAUCCAACACGAAACGGAAUAUAGUGACUACAGCAAUAGAUCUACGGCUCAUUACUUGAAUUUGUGCAAGAAAAAUUUCACUUAUCGCAAGGAAGAACCCCAAAUGACGCCAGGAAAGAAAAAUAAAAUGCCGCGAAUGAUGCGGAGACAGAGAAAUUUCGCGGAAGUCGCAAAAAAUAUUAAAGAAAUUCGCAAAAAUGAACUUAAGCCCAUCGAUUUUCCGCCUUCGUUCACUCCAAAUGCGUCAAAUUUGGAAAUUUUAAAGGGAGAAGUUGAGAUUCCCGAAAUUUUGAAAGAAAAAAUCACCGAAAGAAACGUCGAAUAUUUAAUAAAAAGCUCAAAACUCAAGAGAAAGUUUCAAAAAUUCGGAUUUACAUUGAAAACUAUUGAAGCUCCAAGCAACGAAUGUGUUUCGUUCGCACGAAAUAAGAAAGAUACGACAAAAAUUUCGAAUUACAAGAAGAAUAGUUACAGAUUUCGGAUUGUGCGAACAAAUAUUGACGAAACAAGCUAUUUGGAGAACAUUAAAAACGAAGAAGAGCAGAAGGAAAUGCAAAAAAUGAAGGCAAAAGAUGGAGAAUCAACGAAAAAAGAGCUAAAAACCUUGAAAGACCUCACAAAAACUUACUUGAGGGAAAAAAGGAAAAAAUUUGAACCGCAGGAAGAUGAUUUUUUCAGUGAAAUUGAGUCAUCAAGUGAUUCCGAACCCGAUGAAAAUACUUCCAUCACACUUUUCAAGCCAAAUUUCGAUUAUUGGACCUACUUGGAGUAUCCGCACAUGAUCACCCAAGACCUUUACGACUACAUGCGACCCGAAUUUCCCGAAAGUUUCAAGUGGUUGCUCGAAAAUUGUGCGAAUCUCGUGAUGAUGAAACCAUAUCAUCUAUAUUUUGAGCUGUUAACGAUUGAAACGCAGUUUUUGUACAUUUUGAAACCCAUGCACAAGAUCCGGAAUGAACUCGUGUACCAAGAUGUUGACGAACUGUCAAAUAAUAUUCGGUCCACAGUGAAACAUUUGCACAAAAGGUUCAAGGAUGGAAUGUUGAUACAUUGAAAAAAGUUAAAAUUUAAUGAAAAAUUUAAGAAAAUUAAAGUCCAAGUUUAUUUUUUACUAAAUUUAGCAGCUGCAGCAUUUGACGCAGCAACGAAUGUUCUUUUGAGUUUUCCUUCUCUGCCUUUUCGGAAUUCGGCAGCGACGUCUUUUGAUAAUUCUGCGAUGAGUUGCAUGGUUUCAGCG